GCACCAUGCAUCCUCCCUCGGCAACAUAGAAGCUUCGUCGAAGGGUCAUCAUCACUUUCCCGGUCGAAGCUACGAUUCCGAGGAUGAGAAUAUGGGACGAACGAGAGCACAUACCACAUCGACUCACUUCCUGAAGACAUCGAUUUACUCCAGAGGAGAUAUAAAAGAGCAAUAUUGUCUCUCCGACAGGCAAUUGAGUUCCAUCGAACCGCCAAGGCGGGAAAGAUUCUUCGGUUGUUGGUCAGGAAGAGGAGCUCCUCAAUCAUUCUUAGGCGUUUGCGUGGGUCGACGUGCUCCCUCAGAUGAGAAUAUUCACGAUUAUGCUCCCAUAUACAAAUAUCCCAGGUAUCCACCUCCUGGACCGGUGCCUCAUGACGUCCUUCUCUACGAUGAAGACCUCGAGAAUUCCUACUUCAGACGUCGCCCCACGUCCUUUCUCACUGGCGGUGAUCCAAAGCGCUACACCUGGAUGCCCGCCGAUGAGGAAGCUGUGCGUCUUGAAGGACCUCGUCCAAUCUGCCCAGAAGACGAUUUUACUCGGGGUCCGUAUGUCGUUGGGUCCUAUCCACCCAAAACAGAUCCUACAUUCCUCAGUCAGAGCACGGAACAUCUGGCCAGAAUGUAUCAAUGUCCAACUCAUAUUGGCAUUCCGCCCCCACCGCCGCCGCCCAUUGUGCCUGCAGAUGGGACAGUUAUUGGUGCUCCCAGGACGAAACACGUGAGCUUCGCCCGUUCCCACACUUUGACCUCCUUUGAUGAAGCCAUGGGGAUGAGACCUCUGUCCCGGAUGGGAAGUACAGCAACGAGGAGUCAGGAACGACUUAUCGGUGGCAAAAAGCCCACAAUCACCCUUUCGGCUCAGCAGCUUCCGCCCACACAUGCCCUUCUUAUUCAACAGCCACCCCCACCGCAACCGCCCCCGCAACAAGAGAUUUUCGUGGUGGAAAAAUUCAAGAGAGGUGCAAUGAAAACUCAAGCAACUCAGACGGAGGUUUGUCUUGGAAGGAAACCACACCAUUUAUCUCUCAGCCCGCGAACUAUUCACAGGGUGAGGAUGGUGUCUCAGGGAGCUCAGACAAAUGGGAUGAAUGGUCGGACUAAAUUGACGAAGAGUCUGUCAGAGGCAGCGACGAGGCAGCAUGGGAUGGGCAUUUCACCAACAUCACCAUUGGAUGUGCCACAAUCACCUGGUGAUCAUGAACCUCUGCAUCGGACGCAAUCAGAGGAACCACCUCGGUCACCCUUCAGCCUGACAACACCAUCCAUUGGCCAUAUGCAGGUCGACAUGCUAUCCCGAACAUCAUCCAGACAGAGCCAGAUUGAGACAUCCAGGAGUGAUAUAUUUUCAUCGGAGAACAUCUUCACGCACUCGAGGAAUCACUCACAGGACAGUGCAGUUACGUCCAAGGCGUCUCAGGAUAGCAUUUCGAUGGUAUUUGAACCACCAGCUGUUCGUCAAACAGGUCAGCUCGAGCCUGUUCAUCAGCAAUGGGAUGGAAGCUAUGCCUAUGAGACUCAUAGCCUGCCCAGGAGGGCAUGCAUUCACUACAGAGGAGAGGAACGUACAAGUACUCUGCCAAGAAGGGAACACCAGCAUCAUCCCUGUGGGCAUGUCACGAUAGGAAGCACUGAGAUGCUGAAUGGAGGUGUUGUUCCUGAGAGUAUCCUCAAGGGAAGAAGGACUUCUGUUGCCAGGGAUAGUUCCACAGAAUCCAAUGCCCCAUCCGAGCGCCUUUCACGCCGAAUGUCUUCAUACACACCCACCCAGGAUGCUCAUAUUCAGCUCCGAAGAGCUUCUCAUCAUGUCAUCUCGCCGGAAAUCCAUUCUCUAUCCCGGAGAAGUUCAUCCAGACCACCCACGACUUCGGAAGAACUCUGCUCUACAUGCGAAUCAGAGAGUGACUCAAAGACUGAUCGCGAAGAGAAGGAGAUUUUCAUAGAUUUCAAACCCAACAUUUCACCAAUUAGUAGUCCUUUGGCCAGGAAAAAGCGCCUCCAAAAAACUCUAUCAGAGGGAGAGAUUCUUUUAAAACGCCGCGGAAGUGCUGUGGAAGCUAUGGGAGCUAUGUCGGCAAGUGAUGAGGAUCUCAAUACCCAGUUGGAGAGGGAAGCAGCUAAAGAGCAAUAUCACUAUCGAAGUUCUCCUAUCAAGGAUGAGGGAAUCUGCAAUAAACAGAAUCUGUUGACCAUUCCUCAGACUACUGCUGAGAAAACUCUCCGUUAUACUAAGGAAUCCUUCAGGAAGAGAUCGAUCAGCCUGGAGGAUCCAACUGUGCAGGAAGCUGGAACUUCUGGAACUGGAACAGCUAAAUCCACACCCCCUUCGCCUUGUCCUGAUGAACUCUCUGUCCACGGUCAGUCGGCUUUCCCAUCUUCGGAUUCUAUUGCUGCUGACCUUACGUCAAGGGAUCAUUCUGAUGGUAUUUGGAAUGAAUCCCAAAUCACAGUUCUUACGAAUGAGCAGAGUCCAUCGGAUUCUGGACCAUCCCUCCUUACACCGACUUCACGGAGAAAAAAUCUCAUACUUCAGCAUCAGCAGAGGAGUUCCAUGGACACGGAGGCUCUGGAUCUGGAACAGGAAACCGAUCAGACUCCAAUAAUAGUGACGAUGGCUACAGCAAUGACUCAAACAUCCAGCUCUGCCAUACCGAUUGAGGCACUUUCGAAAGCUUCUUGGGCAGGUGCGAGAUCAUCAAUGAGCAUAAGUUCAACGGUUGUAGGACCAACACCUUCAAUAGCCGUGACACCGUCUCUUAGCAUGGAGAAGGAGGAAAAGAGUCCGAAACUCGAGAUAAGACGCACAUCGAGGCAACUUUCACCUUCACUGAGGCGCGAAAUUCGAAAAUCCAGCCUCCAAUUUGAAAUAUCACCUCAUAUUAUUCACAAAAGACAGGAAUCUCCAGAUCAGAACGGAGUUGAUCUGGGCAGUAAGAUGGAAAUUGCCAAGACCAGUACGGACAUUUCGGAAGGAAGCACAAAUACUGAAGACUACAUCACCUGCACGGACAAUUCCAAGCGAGCUCAAGGUAUUAAAAUGUCAGGAGCUAGUUCUUCAUCAACCACACAGGUUCCAGUUUCAGCUCAAAGUUCCCAGACGGCAACAGUUCAAGAUGGUUCUUCGUUCGAAAGUGCCUCGUCUAUUUAUAGCCUGGCACGGGGAGAUGCUGUCUGUGAUGAUUCUGUUGUGGUGGAUGAACAAAAGCUCAGUCCAACUCCAGCUGCCCAUGGCAUGAAGCUCUCUCCAGCUCAUUCGGUGAGUAGCAGUUCCUCCGGAAGUUACAGCCUGAAGGAUUUUACGAGAUCGAAAACUUCCCCAUCGAGAACCGCCAAACCCGUUGCGGCACCAAAACCGAAAUCCGAAUCAAUUUCGGAUGAUGAAAGAAGCGAAAAGAGAUACUCAAGUUCCGGGUACUAUGAGAGUCCUCAUGAUGAUGGGGCUGAGGUUAAGAUCGUAAGACCAAGACGAAAUCGCGAUUGGAAUGAUGAGGAGCGUAGACGCAAGAAAGGUGCAAUGAAACUGGAAUUUGAGAAGGAAUCUCCAGCUGAGAAGACCUUCACAUCGCCACAUUCAAAGCCUGGUUCGGCAUUCAAACAAAUCAGUCCUGAUGAUAGAACAGCCUUAAAUAUCCUCGAUGGUACGAGUCCCAGCAAAGCUAAAAGAUUGCGACCCAAAACGAGAAGGUCUCCGAGGAAUCGAAGUGCUUCUGGGGAAGACACCCUAAGCCGUCGAGGUAAAACUCCAGUGAUACGAAGUCCGGAACAAACCCCAGCCACGCAUUUGGCAAGUAAACACAGCCCGUCCAAGUAUCCAACGAUGUCGCCGCAUCAGCCGCCUUAUAGUCCGAGCGGUUCACCACGAAAGCACAAGGAUCCCUCUCCGGUGAAGCGUCUUAAGGCACUUUCAACAGAAUCCCUCCGAUCCGUCUCGCCAGGCUCCGAUUCGGUCUUCUACAGCGAAGCAGAUGCAAUGUCUGAGCAUCAGGUCCACUGUCAUCAUUGUGGGAAAGAGGUGGAAAUCAUUACUGCAGCAGCAGAUUCCCAAGAAUCCUUGAGGCUCGUGGAGGACGAACGAGCGGAAAUUGUUCAACCUCCAGCAAGCUUCGCAGAUUCUCCAGAUGGCAUUCGUGCCCCACAUCAUACGCGAUUGUACAAGAAGCUCGAUAAGCGUUUCAGAUCUGAGGAACGUCACGGAGAUCGACGUCACUACAGAAAUCGUCCAGAUACCAGGGCCAAAAGUGAGGAGCGUGGAAAGGAUGAAAUGCCCAAAAGUGUCCUGCGUCCUGCCGGAUCGAGUCCUUGUGUCGUUCCCGUUGAUGAUUUCAAUCCCAGGGAGCAGCAAGCAGAUCCAGAACAGGGUAUCUAUCAUGGGUACUACAGGCUGGGGACAUGGAUUUGCAUUGCUAACAGGGAUGUUUGGAGACGUCACGAAGGACCUUCCAUGGAAGUGCGAUUCUCAGAUCAACCCAGGGAACUGUCUGAACGAAGGGGCUCCACGGAAUCCGAGAAAGACUUCCGCAAGAAAUACCAGGCCAUCACUCAUCGCCUCGUCCAUAGAAGAUCAUGUGUUGAAAUGUACCGGCGACAAAGUAUCAACAGUUUCGAAACUGACAAAACUGUGGUGGUUUGUCGUGAUUCCGGUGAAUUUGGCUUCAGGAUCCACGGCUCGAAGCCCGUUGUGGUGUCUGCCAUUGAACCGGACACUCCGGCUGAGAGUUCGGGCCUGGAGGUUGGUGAUAUUGUGCUGUCCGUAAAUGGAAUUUCUGUGAUCGACAAGAGUCACUCGGAAGUCGUGAAAAUAGCUCACGCAGGUAGUGACACACUGGAACUGGAAGUCGCACGCACAAUUGGAAUGCUAUCCGCCAAUGGGGCUGACAAUGCUGCAAUCUACUCCGGAUAUCUCCUGAGACAGAGUGGCUAUGCAAGUGGGAAUGUGAAUGCUGGCAAAUGGGUCAGGAGAUGGUUUACUCUUCGACCUGAUCACUGUCUCUACUUCUACAAGACAGACGGGGACUCCCAACCAGUGGGUGCUAUUCUCCUGACGAAUCACACUGUGGAGCAUUGUUCAAGUGAGUUGGGGAAACCCUUUGCCUUCCGAAUUGAUGGUCCAGAAGCUCCUCCACUCUGCCUGGCUGCUGACACUGAAGAGGCUGCCAACCGUUGGGUUGCCGUGAUGAGUCAUGCCUCACAGCAGAGUGAUCCCUGGCUGGAGGUGAGCACACGGAAUCUCCGUUUGUCACCGAAUUGUGUUCCUCGACCAGACUGCUUUGGCUACCUCCUGAAGCUGGGAAGUCGCUGGAGAGCGUGGUCAAAGAGGUAUUGCGUGCUCAAAGAUGCCUGCAUGUACUUCUAUCACGAUGGAAAUAGUAAGAGUGCAUUUGGUAUGGCCUGUCUGCAGGGCUACCGUGUGCAGCCGACAAGUACUGCUGGAGGGAAGAAGUACGCCUUUGAAGUGGCCCCACCAGAGCCCAAGCUCAGGCAUUACUAUUUCUCCACCGAAACGGAAAUGGACAAGAAGAGAUGGGUUGCAGCACUCGAAUAUUCAAUCGACAGGUGGAUGAAGGCGGGUUAAUGCAUUCACAACUUUUGUGAUUCGACAAUUUAAAUUUUUUUUUAUUGCACCGAAAACGAGGGAAAAUAUUUAUGAAUAAAUUUGUUUAUUGUAUUUACAAAAUUAUAUUCUACAAAUUCUCAAAAAAAACAAUGUUAGCAAUCAAGAUUGAAGGAGACACACAAAGUAAUACCCCUUUAAAAAAUAUAUAUGGAUGUACUCUAGCAGACACUUAGCUAUUUGUCGUUAAUGUUGAUGAAAGGUGUGACGUAGAACAUUUGAAAAACAAGUUAAAUUUUCAAAAUAUCUCCCAUUUUGAAGUAAAAUGGUUAAAUUCCGAAAAUGGGAAAAUACGAAAUCAUGACAUUAUCUUAUGCGAAAACCUAAUUUGUUAAAAAAAUAUAUUAGUGGAAAAGCGUACUUAAAAAUAAAUCACGUAGCACUGACCAUUAUUCAAAUUGAAAAAAAGGAUUAAAAAGAAAAUAAACUAGAAGUGAAACAAAAUAGAAAAUAUAUAUUUUAAAUGUUAGAGCUUUAAUUCUAACUGUAAAAUAUAUUUUUUAUUAAACAAAAAAACCACUGAGAUAAAAAUAAAUAUAUAAAAAAUAUUAAAAUAAAUGGAGAAAGGACCAUGAAUAAAAAAUAAAAAAUAAAUAAAAAUAUAUUUUCCAUUGUUUCUGAAUUUGAAGAUCAUUUUUGUGGUUUUUUACGAUUUACGUUAUCACUUAAAUUUUUAUUUAAUUGUUGAUGUUUACCUCAAAAGAAAUGGGAAGAGUGAUACUCAAUAUUUUAUACGACAAAAGAAAACUUGUUGAAAUUAUUUCAUAUCAAUGCACAAAUGUUAGAUAAAUUAUAUUCAUAUUUAAAUCAUAGAGAUUACUAUUAUUUACUGUAUUAUUGUUAUUUAUAGUAAUAUGGGACACUUAGCAUGGAGAUUUUUGCGUAAGAGAAAGGACAAAAUAUAAAAAAAAACCAAAAGUAAAGAGAAAUUAUAGAGCUUUAAAUUUUCAUAAAAUUUUUGAAAUUAUUUUUUGUUGCAAUCUAGGUCAAAAAUACAGAAAAGUUUUUUUUUUUGAAUAGGGUAAAGUGAUACAAGUUGGACAUAGUGUUACAAGUUUGGACAAUUCGCCGGUACAAGUUGGACAUGGCUUUUUUCUUGAUAAAUACAGUACAAAAUUUGUUUUUAAGCACAAGGAACCAAAUUGUAAAACUAAAGCACUAAAAAAUAUACAAAUAAAAACCAAGUACUACAUUUAUCAAGAAAAAAGCCCUGUUCAACUUGUACCAUUGUCCAACUUGUACCAAUUUACCCUACUUCAAAAAUGGUUCCACGUCCUCUUAAUUUUUUUUUUUAAUUUUCUCUUUGAAGAAAAAUAAAAGAAUUUCCAGCCCUAAGAAAAUUACAAACCAAAAAAAAAAAACAGAAAAAUAAAACGAUGCUUUAACGUGAAAUUGUUCUAACUGCAAUCCCUUACCUAGGGGGAAGUAGGACACCUUUGAUUUGGGACAGUCUUGAAAUUGGGCUCUUUUCCUAUUUUUAAAUGAAAUUAAGGCUUAUCAUAAUGUUAUUUAGCUCCUCAAUUGGUUUGUGGAGAUAAAUUAUAUCAUGAUAAGGUUUAGUUUAAUUCAUAAACAGGACAAAAACCUAACUUCAAAGCUGCCCCAACUCAAAGGUACUCCAUUUCCCCUUACCUUUUAUUAAUUAAUUUACUAUGAAAACCCGAUUAGGAACUAUGAAUUGAAACCAUUUAAGACUGGUUUAUAGUUCAAAACUUUUUAAAAAAGGAAUUAAUUUGAAAAAGAAACGUGUUCUUUUUACCUUCUUGAAAACAGAAAUUAAAAUAUAGGGGGAAGUGGGGCAUCUUUGAAAUACGGCACCUUUAAAAUAGGGCCUUUCUCCUACUUCUAAUUGAAGCUGGACCUUAUCACGAUUUAAAUUUGAUCCACAAAUCAAUUAUGAAGCAAAAUUGCAUUAUGAUGAGGCUCAGUUCCAUUUAGACAGAGCAGAAAAGCUCUGUUUCAAAGGUGCGUCGCUUCCUGCUUAGUGUCAAAAAUGUUAAUAAAAUUAGGGCUAUUUUUUACUCUUAAAGAUAUUGUGGUACUUUAGUAGUAUUCUCUAAUCAAAUUUUAAGAUACAUGGGAAUAAAAUCUCAUAACUUUUGUAGAUUCAAUUCAACUACAUUGAAUCUAACUCAUUCUACUCAAUUGUGAUGAUUUCUCGAUUGAUUCUUUGUCUUUUUGGACAUGUUUUCAUCCCAUUUCCUAAUUUAAGAUUGUUUAGAAUUAUUUUUAUUCCAUUUUGCAAUAGGUUCUCUAAAUUUGAGAUCGUUUUUAUCCCAUUUUGGGACGAAUUCUAUCGCAUCAUGUGACAAAAUCAAUUGUAGAUCUUUCUUUGAGAAUUAAGCUUUCCAAAAAUUUCUCCCAAAAAACUAUUUUCAAUGAAGUUUUAAAUAUUAGAUUUCGUGCAACGUUUCUUUGAAAAAUUCACCAUAAAUCCAUUAAAGCUCAUUAGACUCAACAAAUGAUUUUUCCAGCUAAUAAAGGUGCGUUUCUUAGAUUAAAAUGGCAUGCCAAUCUAAAUCUUAGUAUUCUUCAAUUAUUUUUAGUGUUACGCAUUUUUAUUUAUUUUUUUAAAUACCAUGCAGAAGGGGUGCAACGGCCCGUAUUUGCUUUCGGGAUAUUGACCGGGACCCUUGGAAAUCAAUUCAUAUUGCGGCAAAAAUAAUCGCAAAUUAGGACUGAAUCAAUCGCAUCAUAAAUUUUAAAUUUAAUCUCUUAAUGGGAUGGAAAUAUUCUUUAUUCCUAGAAUGGAUUGGAUACAUUCAAAAGCCGAUUGAACGAUUUUUUUUAAAGCAAAGUCCUUUCAAAAAAAUUGGAUAUCAUUUCCGGACUCGUGCUGUUUUAUCUAAGUCCACUAGUUGAUUUUAUUGUGGACAAUCCGAAAUUUAUUUUAAUCCUGGCACUUUUAAACUUUUAAAGUUUUGGUGGUACAAAGGAAAAAGAUUUUUAGUGUUUUUCGAUUUUUUUUAUUGUUUUAUUUUAACUUUAAAAAUUUAAUGCAAGUAGAACAAUUGCUAAACACUCAUCCUACUCGUUACAUCUGAAUGAAUAACCAAUUUUAUUUUCCCGCGGAAAAUCUUCAUGCGGAGUCCGCAUUAGUUGAACUAAUCACGGGAAGUUACUGAAAGUGCUUUUAUAGAAAAGUCAGUAAAUGGUUGGAAAAGAUGUCUACUGUAUGUUAGAAUUGCAAAUUAAUUUAUAAAUGGAUUUUUAUGUUGUCAAUAAAAGCACAUUAAAUAAUUCUAAUUAAAUCAGAGAGGAAAUCGCCCAAUAAACAACAAAGACUAAAGAGGAAAACUAAAUAUAGAAAAUAUAAAAAAAUAAAAGAACGAAUGCGUAAAUUAGAUAUACAAAAAAAAUCUACCGAAAGUAUAUUCCAAAAUAAACUAUAAGAUUAGGAUUUACUUGAAAGAAUAACCCCAGAGAAAAUAUAAUGUUCGAAGAUGGAUGAAAAAAAAUGUUGUAUAUGAAUAUCUGUAUUAUACCUAAGUGUUAUUAGAAAGCCAAGAAAAAAGCAAGACACACAAUUACAUUAAUGUACUGUCGAUGAAAUUUAAAAUGAUAAUUAAUUAUGUAAUUUGAUAGUUGAUGGCAGAUCUAGUAAAAAGCAAAACGAGAUAAAAAGAGAAUCACUUAAAUUUUGGGUGGUAUUCACCCCUUUUGUUAUAUCGCGAAAGAAUGGAAGUAAAUCGUAAAGGUGUGAAAAAAAUACACAUUCGUUUUGAUGAAUAUUUAAAUUUUAUGUAAGAACUUUUAUUAGGUGAAAGACAAAUGGAACAGAAAGAAAAGAAUAUUUAAUCAUCUCUUAUCUCAACUUGAUGUCAAGAAUAGACGUCGUGCAUGAAAAAUUUAUUGGUCGACGAGAGAGCAAAUAGAGAAACGAGAAAGAAUUCUCAACUACGAUGAAUUACGCUCACUGCCAAAGAAAUGUUUGAAAUAUAGAGAAAAAAAGGGAGAAAAUAUAAUAAAUCCUAUAAAAUUAAGCAAAUUCUACUAAUCUCUUUCAUUAUUUUGUUCGGUC